AUGGGAAUUUUCGGAGGAACCUCGCCUUUUGACCAGGACGUGGAGAGGGCGACCAGCGAGAACAACACGAGCGAGGAGUGGGGCCUGAUCCUGGAGAUCUGCGACCGCGCGGGCGCCAGCGCCGGCGCCGCGCGCGACUGCCUGCGCGCCGUGCUGCGCCGCCUCGCGCACGCCGACCCGCACGUGCAGAUGCACGCGGCCACGCUCCUGGACGCCUGCGUGGCCAACUGCGGCCGCCUCUUCCACCUCGAGGUCGCCUCGCGCGACUUCGAGGAGGAGUUCCGGCGCCUCGUGGCGCGCGCGCAGCCCGCCGUGGCCCAGAAGCUGCGCGCCGUGCUGCGCAAGUGGGCCGAGGGCGAGUUCCGCAACGACCCCCAGCUCGACCUCAUCCCCUCGCUGCACGCCAAGCUGUGCGCCGAGGCCGGCGAGAAGCCCGCGCCCGCCGCUGCCGAAAAACGCGAACAAGAGGAGCUUGCGCGCGCCAUCGCGCUGUCGCUGCGCGAGGCGGCGCCGGGCGCGCUGUACCCGCGCGUGGACGAGCCGCCCCCCGCGCCCCCCGCGCCCGCCGCGCCCCCCGCCCCCGCGCCCGCCCGCAAGGUGCGCGCGCUCUACGACUUCGAGGCGGCCGAGGACAACGAGCUCACCUUCCUGGCCGGCGAGAUCGUGCACGUGACGGACGCGAGCGACCCCAACUGGUGGAAGGGCUACAACGAGCGCGGCGAGGGGCUCUUCCCCUCCAACUUCGUCACCUCCGAUCUCAGUGAACCUCGACCCGAGAGCGAGAGCCGCGGCGCGGAGAAGCGCGUGCAGUGGGCGGGCGCGGAGGAGCCGGCGCGCAUCGACGAGGCGGCCAUGGACGAGGCGCUGGCGCUGCUGCACGACGCCGACCCCGCGGCCGCGGACGACGGCGCGCGGCUGCCGGCGCUGGAGGCGCGCGCCGCCGCCGCCGGCCCGCUGGUGGACGCGGCGCUGGAGCGCGCCGACCGCCGCCACGCGCGCCUCACGCAGCUCAGCGCCGACCUGGUGGACGCGCUCAACCUCUACCACGAGCUCAUGCGCGACCCCAAGCCCGCGUACGCGCCGCCGCACGCCUACGCGCUGCCCCCCGGC